GUUUAUAUAGAAAUGUAUUCAGUUUAGCUUUUUAGUUGAUGGUGAAAAUAAAUAUUAUCUGUAUACAAGUCCAUGGUUUGACAAUAUACUACAAACAAAUUCAAUUUCAUCGACUUUUUUUAACUAUUUAUAUACAUCGAAUUUUUGUUCUCACGUCGAUACAAUUGUUUUUCAAUCAUUAUCAUUUCAAUUAAAAGAUAUAUUAAAUAAAAAAAUAAACAUAUGUAAGUGUAUAUGUACACAAAUCGUAAAGUGCAUUUUAAAAAAUAUUGCAUUACCAUGUCAUUUUAGGUUUGGGUACACCUAAUUCUUCAAAGUUUGAAAGUCUAUUACCAUUAGAAGAACUGUUCCCUGUCGAUGAUGUCUCAUUAUUACCAUUAAACCAGAUUACUUCAAUUUUAGCAUAUUUUACAAAUUCAAAAUUAUUAAAAAUAAUUUUCUUAUCAAUCGAUUAUGGAAAUUUAUAUGAAUUAUAUAUUGAUUAUUCAUGCUUAUUAAAAUAUUUUCUUGAAAGUAAAUCGACUACUAUAUUAAAAAACCUUAAACGAUUGACAACAACUGAAUGCAACUUCGAUUAUUUUCAGGUUUUAAAAUACUUUUCACUAACAAAACUUGAAUAUUUAAGUUUAGUGUUUUCUUCUCAGAGUGAAGGAAACAAAAUUAAUUUUCAAGAUAAUUUAAGUCAAACACUUAUUUCAACAACGAAUCUAAUGACAUUUCGUAUUCAAUUCUAUGGUAACGAUAUGAUUGAUAUUGUGGAAUAUUUAUUACAGACAUUUAAUAUAAAUGAAUAUUAUCGUUCUAAAAAUGUAAAUCAUAAUCUUAUAUACAAUUAUUGGAUUUUAUACAUGAACAAUACAUGA